GGUCGAAUCCUCAUCCUCACAGAGACAACAGCAGGUCGUUUACCUGCUGAGCCACAGUGGGAACUCCAAGAAACAAUUAUUUUUGAAAUGGGCUUAUCUGCUCCAAGAUUGUCUUCACAUUGUAACUUCCAUUUUUAUUUGAAGAGUACUAUACAGGAAUCAUAUCCAGUCUUUCUAUUCUGAGCAAGAUUCCUCAGUCAGAGGUGGUAAUCAAGUAUUCAUAUGCUGUAUUUCAAGCAACUGAAGAGGAUAGAAGCAUAUUUAAAUUUUAUGUAUAAAUACACAUACACUUAAAAUGGAACAUGAACGAUAGAAUGAAAAUGAUUUGGGAACUGAACCUCAAACCUGCAUAUACAGCAGUUAAAAGCCAAGCCAACAAGAAGCUACAGGAACAUCCUUUGAUGAGUUUUUGUAUGGCAGAGAACAAGAUAAUGCAUUAAGGAGUCUAAUAAUCAAUGGAUAAAGUGGGGAAAAUGUGGAAUAACUUCAAAUACAGGUGUCAGAAUCUCUUCAGUCAUGAGGGAGGAAGCCGUAGUGAAAAUGUGGACAUGAACUCCAACAGAUACUUGUCUGUCAAAGAGAAAAACAUCAGUAUAGGAGACUCAGCUCCUCAGCAACAAAGCAGUCCCUUAAGAGAAAAUGUUGCCUUACAGCUGGGGUUAAGCCCUUCAAAGAAUGCUUCAAGGAGAAACCAAAACUGUGCCACUGAAAUUCCUCAGAUUGUCGAAAUAAGCAUUGAAAAGGAUAAUGACUCAAGUGUCACCCCAGGAACAAGACUUGCAAGAAGAGAUUCUUACUCACGACAUGCUCCAUGGGGUGGGAAGAAGAAACAUUCCUGUUCUACAAAGACACAGAGUUCACUGGACACUGAUAAGAAGUUUGGUCGAACUCGAAGUGGCCUUCCAAGGAGAGAGAGGCGCUACGGCGUGAGCUCCAUGCACGACAUGGACGGCGUUGCCAGCAGAACCGUAGGAAGUCGCUCUCUGAGACAGAGGUUGCAGGAUACGGUGGGCUUGUGUUUUCCCAUGAGAACUUACAACAAGCAGUCAAAGCCCCUCUUUUCUAAUAAAAGAAAAAUACACCUUUCUGAGUUAAUGCUUGAGAAAUGCCCCUUUCCUGCCGGCUCAGAUUUGGCCCAAAAAUGGCAUUUGAUUAAACAGCAUACUGCCCCUGUGAGCCCACAUUCAACAUUUUUUGAUACAUUUGAUCCAUCCUUGGUUUCUACAGAAGAUGAAGAAGAUAGGCUUCGAGAGAGAAGGCGACUUAGUAUCGAAGAAGGGGUGGACCCCCCUCCCAACGCACAAAUACAUACAUUCGAAGCCACUGCGCAGGUUAACCCGUUAUAUAAACUGGGACCAAAGUUAGCUCCUGGAAUGACUGAAAUAAAUGGGGACAGUUCUGCAAUUCCGCAAGCUAAUUGUGACUUAGAAGAGGACACAACCACGCUGUGUUUGCAGUCUCGGAGGCAGAAGCAACGUCAGGUAUCUGGAGACAGCCAUGCCCACGUUAGCAGACAGGGAGCUUGGAAAGUCCACACACAGAUCGACUACAUACACUGCCUCGUGCCAGAUCUGCUCCAGAUCACAGGUAAUCCCUGUUACUGGGGAGUGAUGGACCGUUACGAAGCAGAAGCCCUUCUCGAAGGGAAACCUGAAGGUACAUUUUUGCUCAGGGACUCUGCACAGGAGGACUACCUCUUCUCCGUGAGCUUCCGUCGCUACAACAGAUCCCUGCAUGCCCGAAUUGAACAGUGGAAUCACAACUUUAGUUUCGACGCUCACGACCCGUGUGUGUUUCACUCCUCCACUGUAACAGGACUUUUGGAACAUUACAAAGACCCCAGUUCUUGCAUGUUUUUUGAACCAUUGCUUACGAUAUCACUCAAUAGGACUUUCCCUUUCAGCCUGCAGUACAUCUGCCGCGCAGUCAUCUGCAGAUGCACAACGUAUGAUGGAAUCGAUGGGCUCCCGUUACCGUCCAUGUUACAGGAUUUUUUAAAAGAGUAUCAUUAUAAACAAAAAGUUAGAGUUCGCUGGCUAGAACGAGAACCAGUCAAGGCAAAGUAAACCCUCCUGCCCCCAAAGGGCUUUAACACGAUUUGCUUUUAUGUGCAUCAGGCAGUACACGUAUAGCAAGCACACAUAUCAGUGUUAGGUUUUUUCCAGUACAGUAUGUAAGCUUAGUGUUAGUACCUGUCAGAUGCGAUCUGCUGUUACUUACUCAGACAAACGUGGUGCCUAUUGAGACAACAGAGAAUAGCGCUACAGGUGUUCAGUAAGGCCACAGAAACAUUUUGCCGAUUUAGCUGACGGUUUGGUGGUAGUAACUGAGUGAAGCAACUCUGGGGCAUUUGCUAUGAAGAAUUCUAUUUCUUACUGAAGAACAAAUUAUUAAUAUUGGAUGAGUAUUUCAACAGUGUGACUAAUGUUUGAAAUUAUUAUUUUUUCUAAGAAUUUUUCUAUAACCUUCCAAAAGUAGUGAUGUUUGUAGUUACUAUAAAUCAAGCUUUGGAAGUCCAAAAAAUAAAGACUGCUUUCCUUUUAGGAAAAAAAGAUGCAAUUUUCUGGCCACAAGGGCAUAGUGCAGUUCACUUAAGUGUUGAUAUAGUUUAUAGUCAGGCUCCUUUUCUCUUCUGCAAAAGGUACUGUUAAGUAAACCAGGUUUUCUAAAUAGUAGUUCUUAAAAUUUCAGACUUAUAAAGUGGGUAGUAGAAUUUUAUUUAAGGCCUUAGGUAUUAAUUUUUUAAUGAGUGCUUUAACUUAAAACAUUGGGAAUAGCUGCUGCAAGGUAGGCCGGUGUGUGGUUUGUUUUAAGUUGACAUGUGCAGUCCAUUGCUGAUUCAUUAAAGUUGGAUCUUUUUCUGUGCCCGUGAUGAGUUUGUGAACCAUGAAGAAAAUGAGACUAGAAGAUACCCAAACAAGUCAGAUAAUACUAACUACAGUGAUUGCUGAUUGUUGAGAUGAUCGUCAAACUGUAGUUCAUAAUUUGGAUGGCAGUAUUUAUCUCUUUGUUGUAAACUCUCAUAGCUAAAUUGCUUAAGUACAAGUUAGAGAAUUUCAGUGCAGUUAUUUCUUAACGGAAAAUCUGAAACCUAAAUUGCUGAUUUAAAAGGUACUGUACAACCAUUAUAUCUGUAAAUAACUUUACUUAGCACCUUUCUGUCACUUAGAAUAGUAUGCAAUACUACUUGAGUGAGCUAUUUUGAAAGUAAUAUCAAGUUCUAGUGUUUGCUUCUUAGUAUUGAACUGAAGUUACAGUUCCGUCCUAGACACUUUGCACUAAAGUAGUCGAAUCCAUCCUUGUGUCUUUUUGUUAAUGUGCUCUGUAUCACUGGUGAGUGCUCCUUAGUUUCCUUACCUGCUGCUACAGAAAGUUCUUUUACAUCCCAAUGGCUAUCGCCAAGGCUUCAAAGAAGAAAAGCUAUAUUUGUAUGCAACACUAACCCUUUGACUGCUAAUGUAUGUUUCUGCUUGCCGUGCCUUGUUAUGGCUGCUUUUUUGUGCUAAUAAAGUAUGUUUGGUGUUCUCCUUGUACAUCUGCUGUUUUAUACAUUUGCAACAAUUUCUCUUGUAAAUGGAAUGGUUUGGGGUUUUUCAAUAAGCAUUACCUGACAACCGACUAUAGUUAAUGCAGAAUUACUGAACAGUCUAAUACUGACUUAUUCUGAGUAAGCGAACUCUAAAUUUAAUUCUAUACACCUUCCCAAUCAUAAUCACAUAUACUGUGGAACAGUAAUGCAAAUCCAUGUAUAGUUUAGAUGGUAACAGAAAAGGAACAGAGAAAUAUUAAGCCUAUUGAUUUCUCUGCUUCUAAAUGAAAGAUUGAAAUUAUCAAUGAUGUUAUAAUGUGAGUAUCUAUAACUUCCCACUGCAUCAGAAACAAGUUAAAUGAAGUCUUGUGAACUAAUAAUACAUCAGCACUAUUUAUUGGUUUGGGGACCAUUUUAAUUAAUGCCCAAAAUGUAGAACUUUAACCAAAGACUUGUCCAUUUUAAAGCAAAAUGGGGAUCGAUGGGACUUACAAUUCCUGUUAUUUCUAGUAGAAGUCCCUGAAGAACAUAUACCAAAGUGUUUGAGAACUUUAUCCAAACCUACUUUAAAGCAUUAUGUGCAAUUAAGUUGUUAUGACAUAAUUACAUUGCAUAAUUGUUGGGUCCGUUUUUCUUGAGCUUAUAAUGUACCUGGAAAAUAAACCUCUUGGGGAAAAAAAGGUGGUACUGAUUUUUGGAGAAAGACUAUAUAUGCAAGCAAGAUCUUGUUUUAAAGAGGUAACUUGAAACUCCAAGAAAGCACUUGAUGUUUUAUAUGCUUGUAGCAAAUUGAUGUUUUAAUUGUAGUUUUAUAGAAAGUAUUAAUGCUUUUAUGUAUUUCAGAACUUUCAUAUGUUAAAUGGAAAUUGUUUUAAAUGUGUAAAUAUUUGAGUUUAUGUAAGCAUGUAUACACUGUGCUAAAAGUCACUUAUGUUUCAGUUUGUGUAUAAUAUUAAUAUGCAACUUUUGUUUUAAAGUUUUUUCUUAAAAAAAUUAGUGGCUUACAUUUUAAAAAAGAAAAAAAUCACCAGCAUGAAAUUGCACCUAAGUCUAAAUUCACUGUGUCUUUUUCUGAAUCCCAUUGUAGCCUGUCGACUAAAUUUGUGUUUUCAUGGUCUUUUUGAAGUGCUUUUUAAUACAAACCAGGAGAUUCUUUAGAAGUUUAGACACUUUGUAGUGAAGUAAUUACAUGUAACCCAAGGAAAGAUUGCUUUGAUUCGUACCCAUUCUCAUUCUUAAUGUUCAUCUAUUCAUUCAUUCAUUCAUUCACACUUAUACAUCUGCAUAUAUGUACACAUACAUACAUAUAUUUAUGAUGUGAAUAUUACUUUAGACAUUAAUAUUGCCAUCUGAUUCAGAGUCAUUUAAAGGCCGUAUUCCAUUCAAAUGUGAUUAUCUGCACAGUAAAGUCUAGUCUUGGAACCAUAAUCUUGUUUGUAAUGCAGUUGCCUUCCAAAGAGAAAGCAUUCGUUAGUAUUUUCUUUACUGAUUAAACACAGUGAAAAAAAUUUUUUAACAAGAAACAGCUUGGUUUAAAUAGAGUUAUUAAGAGCCAUAAUUAAAUUUAUAUUUCUUAGGUAAAAUUGAGCCCAGCUAAUCAUACUCCAGAAACUGAUAUGUGUUCUUAUGGUCCAUUGGAAGGGUUAUGUAAGAUUUAUAGUGGUUUGGACCAUAAAAAUUGAUACUUGAAUUCUAAGCUUCAAAGUUCAUGAACAUUUUUAUUUGGCAUUUUAAUUUGGUUGCUAUUCAUUUUCAUUCUAAGCUUCUUUUGCUCCAUGGCACUAAAUACUAAUUUGGUAGGUUUUACUGAUAUGGGUCUUAGAUCCUUUACUUUUGUAGCAAAGAAGGCUAUAAACUUGCCUUUUGGUAAAGGCAAAGAGCCUAGAGUGAGUCAGAACUCUCCUAGGAAAGAUGCAGAGCCUCUAUCCAUCUCUGGGAGUGUGUUAAAACAGGGCAGAUCACACAGAUUCCUUCAUUUACCCUGUACCCCAACACAUACAGGUUUACUUAGAUGCAAUGAGACAAACAUGCACACAAAGCGCUGACCAAAAGGUGAGAAACAUUUCCAAAGGGGACAGUAUUGCCUGGUAUGUACUUAACAAUUACGUAUCUAUGAGGCUUAGGUUUUAUUUCAUAUUUUUUGCAACAGCCAAUAUGGAACAUAGACUUUCACAAUGUGGUAUGUUUCUAAGGUUUGGGGUGGAACUUUUGUGGGAGGUGGUUGGUUGUCUGGGAUGGGACAUAGAGGGAUUGUCCUUGCAGAGUAGGGAACAACUGGAACAACUGUUUCCAUGCCCAGGAAGCUUGACUGAAUAGUUAGACUGGUUUCAACCAUUCAUUCAACAAAUAUUCAUAGAAGACCCAUGUGCUAGUCCCGGUUUUAGGUGGUGGGUAUAUGUUGGGUUAUAAGACAAAGGUAUAGGGUCUUUGGGAAUAGUGACCUUGAGUGGUGUAAAGAAAAUCACCAAGAUCAAAGAAAAGAGCAUUUGGAUGAAAAGAACAAUAAAACUAAAGAUCUCAAAGCAAGAAUGUGCUUUUAUGCUGGAAAAGAGAAGUCCAGAGCAUGGUGGAGAAUAGUGGAUGAUAAGGUUGUAGAAAUCAACAAGAGCCUGACCACUUAAGGCUAUGGGCCCAAAGGAAGAAAUCUAAAUUUGAAUCUGAUGGUAAGGGAGUGACAUGGCCUGCGUUGUAUCCCUCUAGUAGAUGGAGGACAAACUAUAGUGGGGACAAAUGAGAGCGACUGCUGCAGUCAUCUAGGUGAGAGAUGGUGAGAGCCUGGACUGGAGCGGUUCUUGUAGGGAAGAGACUCUUGUUAGGAAAAGCUGACAGGAUUUGGUGAUGGGUUAGAUGUGAAGAAGAAAUAAAUUGAUUUUGAGCAAGGAUAGUGAUGCCAUUAGCUGAGAUUUCAGAGCAACAAUGGAGGAGCAAAUUGGAGGGGAUAAAUCAAAUCUUGCCCGGGGUAUGUUGAGAUUCCUAUUAUCUCAAUGGAGACAUUGAGUAGACAGCUGGGUAUAUGAAUGUAGGGUUAAGGGGGAGAGUAAGAGGAGUCACUAUAUGGAUAAAUAUUUGGGGCAAGUGGUGGCAACAUUUAUCUUAGUUUGUGAGUUCAAGCUUCUGUAUCAUAGUUUGGGUCGUUUUUGUUUUUUUGUCCUUUUGCCAUUUCUUGGGCCACUGCUGCGGCAUAUGGAGGUUCCCAGGCUAGGGGUCCAUUGGAGCUGUAGCCACCGGCCUAAGCCACAGCCACAGCAACACGGGAUCCGAGCCAUGUCUGCAACCUACACCACAGCUCACGGCAACGCCAGAUCCUUAGCCUGCUGAGCAAGGCCAGGGAUCGAACCCGCAACCUCACGGUUCCUAGUCGGAUUUGUUAACCACUGAGCCACGACGGGAACUCUGGUUUUUUGGUUUUUUUUUUUUGUUUGUUUGUUUUUUAAGCCUUUUUUAAAUAGAGGACUUGCCUUUCAAAAAGUUUUAAAAUAUUAGAAUCAAGCCUUGCCCUCAAUUUCAAACUUUCAUCCAUGUCAAAAUUUGGUUAUCAUGCUUUCCAUGUCAAGUUGACUUGUGUGUCUUUUAGUACAGAUCUUUAUAUGAGAAAUGCAAGAUCGUUAUGGAAUAUUUAGAAAGUACUGAAGAUCAUAAAAAAUCAGGACCCACCCCGCAAAAGUCCGAAUUACCAUUUUCUCUACCAUCACCAACCCUGACUCUCCCAACUCCCAUUCUGUAAUCUUCCAGAGCUGACUGCUAUUAACGCUUAUUACGUUCCACUAUUUUUUCAUGCAUUUUAAGUUAAAGGGUGAAAAUUGAUGGAAUACAGAUAUUGAUAGAUAAUACAGCAAGAGAUGCAAAGAACUGGAGGCCUUGAGUUACUUUUAGUAUAUUCAGAUGGGCUCCAGAUUUUACUCUACCUGACUCAGUGUGGACUUGGGUGUCUUCACCUAGGUUGUUUAAAGGUUAGAAUAAAUGACACUGCUAAGGCCCAAUCACUGAUGGUUUCUUGAAAUAAAAUUUCAGUAGAAGAUGAGAACCUUGAUCUCAUGGAACUUUUAAGCUAAUGGGAACACAGACAAAUAUAUACAUGUAUAAUGAUAAGAAUAUGUGGAAACAGACUAAGCUAAAAGUAAAGCAAAAACAGGUUGCACGCUUAAUAAGGAAAAACAGAAAAGUGACCCACAGGGAGGCAGGGUGAAUUGAUAUCUUAGAUUUGUUUCAUUGCAAGAAUGUCUAAUAAAUGGACUUCGCAGAUGGUAAAGUCAGGUGUGGAAGUGCAGUGGUAAGUAGCAACUGAUGAGGGCAGAAUGAGGUGAAAUAAUCUAUUGAGUGUGGCAUAUGAAUAUGCUAGACUGAAGGCUCUGAACUUAAGCUAGGUUCUUAAGCAAGGCAGAAUUAGAAAUUACACCAGAAGCUGCAAAAUGGAUUAUAACCAGGAGAGGUUAGCAAAAGGACGCCCUUUGAAAUUUGUCUAGGUCAGAUUGAUAGCACUGGAAUUAAGCUGAGGAGCAUAUCCGAAAGAAACUGCAAAAGGAUUAACACACAAUUGUGGGUAAAGAAAAUAAGCAAUUUGCUUGCCUAGAGGGAUUGUGAGUUAAAUAUGUCAUAAUCCUACAAUUCAAGCAAGCCAAGUUAGUAUCUCCCACCAAAUAUGAAUAUCUUACUUGUUUUUAAGUAAAAUUAAAUAUGAACAGUUUAUUUUUGAAAGGCACAUUUCUAAUGCAAAAAAAAAUUGAUUAAAGAAAACUUCAUCUCUCCUAGCUAUAAUGUACAUAGAAAAAAUAGGAAAAUUAUGUAAAAUCUAAAGCAACAUCAAAAAAAUUUUAACCUGACAAAAAUGUAGAGAAAAGGUGGCAAAAUAAGAUUUAAGAGAGGGUUACUGAAUUUAAAACCCCCCAAGUUUUUCUCAUUAAUUUUUUUGGCUUUUUUUUUUUUAAAGGGGCCGCACAGAGGCACAUGGAGGAUCCCAGGCUAGGGGUCUAAUCAGACCUGUAGCUGCCGGCCUACACCACAGCCACAGCAACAUGGGAUCUGAGCUGUGUCUAACCUACACCACAGCCCAUGGCAAUGCCAGAUCCGUAACCCACUGAGCAAGGCCAGGGGUCAAACCUGCGUCCUCAUGGAUGCUAGUCAGAUUCGUUUCCACUAAGCUACGACAUGAAGUCCUGCUCGUUAAUUUCAAAGCAAAGCCUGCAGUGACUUUUUAUUUAGUAAUCAGUGUUACAUUUAGAAAUGUCUGGUAUUACUACCUGACAUUUCUUUCCUUAAGUACUUACGAAGCAACCCUUUCUAAUUAGAAACCCAAGAUUUUAAGAUAUUUUUUAAACUUAAUAUAACCCUAUCAUUAUACUAAAUGGUUUAAUAUUUUCUCGUCUGUCUUAAAAUUCAGUUAUGUAUUUAACCUUUUACUUGCCUCUAUUUUUCAGAAUUACUUUAAACUUACUCCUUUUUGUAAACAUAUUAUUUUUACACAUUGAACUGGAGUAAUUUACAGCUUUUGUCAUCUAAUUUUAUAAAUAGAUUUUGGUGGCCCUGGGUAUACUAGAGGCAGUAUUGAGUUUUAAUAACAUUACAGGAAGAGAGAAAAUUUUUGGUAUACAGUAGCAGUUACAACAACAUGAAUGAUACAAAUUUGUAAAUUGUAUUUUUUAAAUACUGCCUGUUAGCAGUUGCCAUCCAAGUAAUAGUAAUAGGACCAGUAAAUGAAAAUUAAUAUCUAAAAUUUGGCUAUGCUAAAUUUCUCAUCCUUCAAACAGGCAAUCUGAGAGGCAGUAUAGUUUAUUAGUGAUAUGAACAAAAUAAACAUGAGGGCCUAUAUUUGAUUUAUAAAUUCUCUCAGAGGCUGAGUGAUCUACCUAAAAUAAUCUUAGCAGGAAAACUGCCAGAAUAGCUUCCUGGUCCAGCAAACAAACCCUAUGUAACCUGAUGCACCAGACGGAUUAUUAUGUAAUACCUAAGAUUUACCUGAGCUGCUGUGUCUAAUCCUCUGUUUGUCUUUGAUAGCUGACUUAGAGGGGUCAAGUACUUGUCCAAGGUCACAUGGGUUGAGGCCAGAACCUAAGCUCUUACUCACUUUAAGACUUGGACCUUAAUUUGGUCAGCCAAAUUCAUAGUUCUUCUAAUGCUUUGUCUUCCCUUAUUUUCAUCUCAAGAGGACAACAGAUUUUGAGACAACAGGCCACUGGAGUUGUCUUAAUUCAUAUUUUCCAGUUAGUUAUCUAAGGAGUCCCCCACAUAUUUAUCCAACUUUACCUAGUACUGCUUUCUCCCUUGCUCACCUCUUUGCUGUCACACUGGCCUUCUUACCAUGGCUCCAACACUCCAAUAUUUUUCCCACCUCCGAGCUUUUACAUGUGUUGCUGCCUCCUGAAAUUCUCACCUUCACACUUCUCCACGUGGCAGGAUAGGUUCUUUUCAUUCCUUAUCUCUCAAGCUUAAAUGUCACCUCAGAUAGACGUGAUUAUGCGAUUUAGAGAUUUCCUCCAUAUUAUUUUCUAUCUCUGCCUUGCUUUUGUUUUCUUCAUAGACUUUAUUACAGAACAUUUGCAAAUAUUUUAAUCAUUUAGGUUUGGAUUUUGACUUUAUCUCUUGAGAAACUCAGAACAGAGACCAUAUCUGUCUUGUUGGCUGUUUUAUCCUCUGCCUAGCAGAGUACUUAAUGUAAAUAGUAUUUGUCAAACAAGUGAAUUAAUUAAUAAUCCUCUUGUAUUUAUCCACUUUACUGACAAAUAUAUCAUGAAAACCUUGUCACAUGUCCUCCUAAAAUCUAGACUGCUCCACCUAUUUCCAAAAUCUAUUGAGUUGUUUUAUCUUAUAGAAAAAGGUAAGGUUAAUCUGACAUAGAGCGUUCUUGGUGGGCCCAUGCUGGUCCACUGUCUAAAUUCUCACAGGCCCUACCUUUAGUAAUCCAUCCCAGAAUGCUGCCCAGGAUAAUGUCACGUUCAUUAGUGUGCAAUUUGUGAACAACCUUCCUCCCAUUUUUCUUUCUUUUUUUUUUUUUUGCUAUUUCUUGGGCCGCUCCUGCGGCAUAUGGAGGUUCCCAGGCUAGGGGUCCAAUCGGAGCUGUAGCCACCGGCCUACACCAGAGCCACAGCAACACAGGAUCCGAGCCGCAUCUGCAACCUACACCACAGCUCACGGCAACGCCGGAUCAUUAACCCACUGAGCAAGGGCAGGGACCGAACCAGCAACCUCAUGGUUCCUAGUCGGAUUCGUUAACCACUGCGCCACAACGAGAACUCACUCCCUCCCAUUUUUCAAAGAUAAGAAUCUCCUCUGUCUGGUUUUCCAGCAAGUUUUCCAUAUGUCCCAACACCUCUGAUGACUUGGUCUUCAGAGGCCUUAUUUGGAAACUUUUAGUUCUCUGGAAAUAAAAGUUAUCUAGGUCGAGAUAAUUGAAUAUAUUUAUAACAGCUAUGUUUCUUCUAGAAUCUCUUCACCCAUUUGGACCAUCAAGUCCUCAUUGUCAGCAUUUGUUCUGCUUUUUCAGAAAAGGUGGAAGUGUAAUAGGAAUUGGAUCUUUGAGUGUUCCCAUCAACCAUUAACAUUUUACCAUUGACUGUUUCUUUAUCCAUCACCUACUUAUCCCAUAUAUAAUUAAAACUGUGGGCAUGUGUCUA